AAAGCAUGUUCAUUAUCGCUAUUAGUUCGAAAUGAUGAAGUACAACGGGCUGCUGCUACUGAUUUUAUGUGCAAUAAGAUCAUCAGUAGCAGAUGUAAAUGACCCGACACUUGUCACUUUACCAGAGGGCCAAAUAAGAGGUCAAGCCCUGCAGUCUCCAAAUGAGAAUGUUUAUUAUGCAUUUCAAGACAUACCUUACGCAGCUCCACCUAUAGGCAAAUUAAGGUUUCAAGCACCUGUAGCGCCAGCAAAAUGGGAAGGAAUAUUAAACACCACGAAAAAUGAAAAAAUUUGCUAUCAAAGUGGAGUUCCGGUUUCCGGAUUAACCCUAACGGAAGACUGUUUGUACUUGAAUGUUUACACUCCUCUGAAACCAGGAGAUACUUCACAAACCCCAUUACCGGUGUUAAUAUGGAUACACGGAGGAGGAUUUGUAGGUGGAUCUGGCGCUAUUCAGGAAUACAAACCUGGAUUCUUCAUUGAUCACAAUAUUGUUGUUGUCACGCUAAACUACCGUGUUGGAGUUCUAG